GGGCCAGUGGACAGCCAUGAUGCUUAACUGGAAGCUGCUGGGACUCUUGGUCCUUUGCCUGUGUGCCGGAGGCAUAUCAGGCAGUGGGGACCAACUCCCUACCCCACCCACAGAGUCUACAGAGGAGGAGAGCUCCCCCACACUGCCUCAGGGUCCCCCAAUCCCUGGUGACCCCUGGCCAGGGGCACCCCCCCUCUAUGAAGACCCUCCACCUCCAGGCCCUAACCGCCCCUGGAGAGAUGUAUCUACAACUGGUGUCUGGCCCCCCGAACCCCCUAGCACUGAACCUCCUCAACCUCCCAGGCCUGAUGACCCCUGGCCAGCAGGGCCUCAGCCUCCAGAAAACCCAUGGCCUCCUGCCCCAGAGGUGGACCAUGGUUCUCAGGAAGAGCCAGACCUCGACCCACCCCAGGAAGAAUACAGAUAAUGAGGACCCCCCCACCGCAGGUGAUUUGGGCCUCCAGGCAGAGUGCCCCCAAGUUCACCUCUACCCUUCUGCUUCCCCUUAAAAUUGUUCCAGUUUUGUCGAAUUCCCUUCCUCAUUCCCUCAAUUGUACUCUGCACUCAGAUGGUGUCCUUAAUACUGUCCAUUUCUCUGGCGGCCCAUUUUCAGCUUCUCACCUUCUUCCUUUCUCUGACCACAAAAACACACUCUCCUACCUCACCUGUGCUUCUUCCCCAGACCCCCUUCCCCUUCCCCUUCCCAGUCUUUCCCUACGUGGUAAAGCCAGGGAGGCUCGGCAACAUUGUAUUCACUGCUGCCAUCUAGUGGCCAUUGGCUGGAAUUCAUCUGUUGCCAA